AUGGACGAAGAUGGUUAUUCGCAAUGUCCCAAACACUUUUCGAAACGCGGUUUUAUUGGCGGCGGAGGCGUUUGCCCUUUUUGUCUCCACGAACGACUCUCUUCCCUCUGUCCCGAUUGUGCUCACUAUCUUCCUUGCUCGUGUUCGUGUAGCUCACGCGCCGCCGUGUCUUUCUCUCCGUCGUCUUCUUCGUCGUCGUCUUCGUUCUCCCUCUUCGGCGGAGAUUUAAAUUUUAGCUUCUCCGGAAUUGGAUCGGUAGGCCGAGUCGCGAGUUUGAUCGAAUGCGAACCGGCGUUUCGGAGAUCGAAGUCGAUGGCGGUUCCGAUUGAACCGGAUACGGUUAUCGGUUCUGUGUCGGGUUUAGAAUCGGAUCGUGGAAGGAGCAGGAAAGCGUCGUCGUUUUGGAGGAUGUUGAUUGGAAACAGAGGAGGAGAUACGAAGCCGGCGAUCAUGAGGAAGUCGAGAUCCGUUGCGGUCGCCGGAGAAUCGAGAUUUUCGCCGGCUCCGACUACGGUUAAGGGAAAAGGGUGGAAUUUUCCGAGCCCGAUUAAGGUUUUCCGGCAAUCGAGAGUCUCGAAAAUGAUUUUUCAGCAACGAUCUCCAUUGUACAGAGGUUGA